AUGAACCUCUACCAGGCCGUGCGGGACGCGAUGAGCAUCGCGCUCUCCAAGGACGACUCCGCCGUCGUCUUUGGCGAGGACGUCGCCUUUGGCGGCGUCUUCCGCUGCACAAUGGGCCUCGCCGAGGAAUUCGGCCGCGAGCGCGUUUUCAACACCCCGCUCUCCGAGCAGGGCAUCGCCGGCUUCGCCAUCGGCAUGGCCGCCAUGGGCCACACCGCCAUCGCAGAGAUCCAGUUCGCAGACUACAUCUUUCCCGCCUUUGACCAGCUGGUCAACGAAGCAGCCAAGUUCCGCUACCGCAGCGGCGGCCAGUUCAACGUCGGCGGCCUCACCGUGCGCACCCCGACCAUGUCCGUCGGCCACGGCGGCCUCUACCACUCCCAGAGCCCGGAAGGCUUCUUCAUGGGCGCCGCGGGACUCAAGAUCGUCAUCCCGCGCUCCCCGAUCCAAGCUAAAGGCCUGCUCUUGGCCUCCAUACGCGACCCCAACCCCGUGCUCUUCAUGGAGCCCAAGAUCCUCUACCGCUCCGCAGUCGAGCACGUCCCGCUCGACGACUACGAGCUCCCCCUCGGCCGCGCCGAGGUCCUCGUCCCCGGCACAGACCUGACCCUCCUCUCCUGGGGCACGCCCCUCUACCACUGCGAAACCGCCCUCGCCCUCCUCGCCCGCCCGCCCCCCGCCCUCGCCCCCCACGUCCCCGCCGCCCUCCGCACCGCGCGCGUCGAGCUGCUCGACCUCCGCACCAUCCUCCCGUGGGACGCCGAGACCGUGCUCGCGAGCGUGCGGCGCACCGGACGCUUGGUCGUCGUGCACGAGGCGGCGCGCACGGGCGGGGUCGCCGCGGAGAUCGCCGCGGAGGUGCAGCGCCGCGCGUUUUUGAGGCUCGCCGCGCCCGUGCGGAGGGUCACCGGAUGGGAUACCCCGGUAGGGCUGCAGUACGAGCGCUUCUACAUCCCGGACGCCGUGCGCAUCCUCGACGCCAUCGUCGAGACGCUCGCGUACUGACCGCGCGCGCGCGCGCGCACUCGGUCACACACGCAUGCAAGCGCGCACGCACGCCAUCGUUGGAACCUUUGGUCGGAAGGAUCUCGUCCCGCUUUGUGUACACUAUAUACAUAACAGACAGACAGACAGCAAGCAUGUACACCACCAUACCAUAUCAUACCAUCACGCACAUACACGC